UGUAAAAACAAACACCCUUUUUGGUGGUCACAAUAUAUAAAGAGCAAGGAGUGGGCACCUUGUUAUUCAUACUCUCUCUGUUUUUUGUGUCCCUCCAACCCCGCCCGCAAACUUCCAAACAAACAGAAUCAAAGGGAACUCAGAUUUGCAACAUUCAUUCAUAUAAAUUCAAUUCACUUCCUUCCUUCCUCCUAUUUCAUCUCCUUUUCCUGCGAUGACUCAUUUCCAGUCUUCUUCCCAUAACUCUCUUCAUGACCCCUCCGCCCCCCCUCAUAAGGCUUGGCUCCGCCUUAGCAUCGCCCCCACUCAUCUCCACCGCCCUCAACCACUCAAAAUAAAUGAAUCUCUGCCUCACCUCUCCACCCCAUUUCAACUCCACCCUGCACUUCACUCUCCUACCUCCAACUCCGACGUCCUCAGGGUAAUCGACCCUCCCCGCCGCCCUCAAUCCGGGAUUUGGUUUUCUCUCCAACCUUUGGAAUUAAACCAAGGGAAACAGCCGGCGUUGCCUCAGAGAUCCACCAGCUACUUGAGAGUCAAGGAUGGAAGGAUGAGGGUUGGAUUAGUAAUGAAGUAUUUGGUGAAAAAGCUGAGACUGGAAAGCGAAACAGAGGUAGAGAUAUGGUGCAGAGGGGAGAAGGUGGAAGGUUGGUUGACGAUGCAGCAGAUUAGAGACAACAUAUGGACCUCUAAACACUCCUCUUUUACUUUGCUUCCACAUUCCUCAACCAUUCCUCACAUCAUGCUUCUUCACUACUCCUACUCCUACUACUCCCCUGUUCCCCAUUCUUCCUCUUCUUUCUUAAAUUCUUAAUUCAUUUCUUUUUCUUUUUCUUUGUCUUCUAUCUAUUCUCUUAUA